CACAGAAACCUGCAUAUUCUGAUUGGACUGUCAGUGACCAUGAUCCUUGCCUUCCUCAUCAUCCUCCUUUAUUCUUGGUGCUCUGCCAAAAAGAGUAAGUCUCUGGACCAAGCCAGUGAAUGUCAUCUGAGUAGUGUGAGAAAACAAGACCAGAGAAGUAGAGCCAUUAUGGGUCAAGACUCUGAAGUAAGAGCAACACUGAACAGACAGGACCCUGAAAGAGAAGAAGUGCAGGAGGUGACAUACUUAACAUUUGAUCAGAUGAUCUUCAAACAAAAAUUGACCACUCCUGAUUCCCAGAUUCCCAAGGAAUUUUCCACAGAUCCCAGUUUAUACAUGGAAGUCAGGAAAUGUUAAACUGAGAUGAAAGAUGGUCAUCCCAUGAAUUCUCAAAGAAAGUUCUGAGGAAGACCACAGUCCCUUCUCCAGUAAAGACCAAUAGAUGCAGUGAAACAAGAGCUGGAAUGUGAAGACAGAGGCUUCUAACUUAGGGACCAUGCUUCAUCAUUGUAAUAUGGUUCUGAAAGUGGCUUUCCUUUACUUACAAAGGUUAUGGUCCUUGCAACCCACUCAACAGAAAUGAAACUCUUUUCC